AUGGCAUUUUGGAUAAAGCAUCGGAUAAAGCAUCUUCCCUGAUCAACAUGGCGGCAGGAACAGCGAAGAAGGGCAAAACUGGUCUUUCACAAGAACAAAUCAUAACUAAGUUUAAUCAAAUGCGACAGGAACAACGCAUUCUGGUGAAUAAAAUCAGUGAAUUAGAAGCAGAAAUAAGUGAGCACAGUGUUGUGAUAGAGACAUUAAAAAAUGUGGAUGUGGAUAGAAAAUGUUUUCGUAUGGUUGGUGGAAUUUUAUCAGAAAGAACUGUAAAAGAAGUUUUGCCAGCUUUACAAAAUAACAAAAUGCAGAUCGAACAAGUUAUAGAAAAGUUAAAGUUUCAGCUCACAGAAAAAGGAAAAGAAUUAGUUAAAUUUCGUGAAGAACAUAACAUAACAAUACGGGGCGAAAAGGAGAAUGAAAAGAGCAAGUCAAAUACAUCGAAUUCAACGUCUGGUGUAUUAGUAUCAGGUACUGCUAGCAAGGAGAGUUAGGUGCUCAUAACAUCAUGUGAGUGAAAAACGAACAGUGUAUACGAAAUGUGUAUAUAUCAGAUUUUCUUAGGGCAUUGGUUAAUCCAAAAACCUUUAAUUUGUUUUUCA